CAGUCGGGCAGCAGGAACCCAAGAUGCUGGUCGCCCUGUCUGUGCUGCUGUUGUUCAGCUCCAGGCCGGUCUGCUGCGUUUUUCAGAGACUUUACUGCUCCUUCUCAGACAGCUGUGACUGCGACUUCAAGCCCAGCAUCAGGGACCUGGAGUGGGACCUCUACAAGAAUCUCUUCGGUCAGCAUCUGGCUCAGGAUGUCAUCUCAGAAGAAGUGGCCAGCUUUCUUCGUAAUAAGAGCCCUGACCGGCCCCUGGUGCUGUCCUUCCAUGGCUCCUCGGGGACCGGGAAGACGCUGGUCAGCUCCAUGUUGGGAAAUCACCUGUACGGCUCAGCGAUGAGCAGCCCGUUUGUCCACCAGUUCAUCCCCACGCUUCACUUCCCUUCAGCGAAGCGAGUCAGUCACUACAGGGAGGAUCUGAAGAGCUGGGUGAACGGAAACCUGACGCAGUGUGGUCGUUCCGUCUUCAUUUUCGAUGAGAUGGAGAAGAUGCCUCCCGGCUUGAUCGACGUCCUGGAACCCUUCCUGGGUCCCUCCCACGUUGUGUUCCGCACCAACUACCGGAAGGCCAUCUACAUCUUCAUCAGCACCGCAGGACAGGAGGUGAUAAACCAGCUGGCUCUAGAAAACCGGCAAGCUGGACAGGAAAGAGAGCAGAUCAAGUUAUCUGACCUGCAGGACGCCAUCGCACAAGCAGUUUACAACACCAAAACAAGUGGUCUCUUCCAGUCCAGCAUCAUCAAACAGGGACUCAUCACUCGCUUCGUUCCCUUCCUGCCAUUGACGCGGACUCACGUGGAGCGCUGCGCUCGCUCGCAGCUGUGUCAGCAGGGCGUCUGUGACCGCAGCGACGUGGUGGAGGCGGUCGGAGGAGACGUGGUCUACUCUCCUGUUGAGGGACAGUACUUCUCCACCACUGGCUGUAAAGCGGUCUCUGCAAAGAUCAGCUUCUUUCUGUGAGUCGGAGCAGGACAGUUGCUCAGAUUUAACUGGAGGAAAAGCUCCUCUGUUUUUGUUUUGGGAAGAAUUGUUCUUUGAUUAAGAACAAGGUGAGCGGUGGAACGCAGGAAUCGUUCCUAAGCAAAAAUUUAAAAGGAUGAAGUGAGGAGGGAAAACUCUCUGACCGUGUUCAUUAAAUACUGGAAGAAGAUAAAAAGCAGCAUCCCUGGAGGAAGAUGGCUGCACCCUGAAGCAUUCUGAACCAGGAGCUGUUUCUACCACAGGGGCGUCUUUUAAAGCCUUUUAAAUGAAAUUCUGCAGCUGCUUCAGGUCACCAGGUUUAUAUUUUUAAAUUUGUUUUAUUUAUCACAUUUUAUUUUAUUUAACUAUCGGAGAACUGUAAGUUUCACUCAGAGAUGUUUGGGAAUGCACAAGAACAAGAAUCUCUCCUUCAUAUUACAGAAGGUAUUUUUAUUAAAAGGGCUCAGAGAUUUAAAUAUUCUCCAAUUAACCCAUUUUUAUAAGAUGCCUUUUUUAACUUAGAAGAAGUCAUCCAGGAAGGAAACAAAGAACUGAUUAUAAUCUUAUAAAGAAAUGCCAAAGCUGGCUGAGGUGAAGCAUGUGGGAUCCAAUUAUUAUGGUAGCACAUUAUAAAUUCUGCCAGCAGGGGGCAGCAUUGGCUUUUUUUUUUCUUUUUUGGGUUUAUUUUCACCACUACCAGAUGAUGGACUCACCCUGGAGUUUGUUUUAUUUUUACUCCUCUUCAUGUUUUUUAUUAAUUUUAUUCUGUUUAUGUUUGAUCCAAACACUCUGGCUGCACUUUAUGGACUAAAAAAGGAACUCAUUGUCCUAAGAAUUCUAAUGUAUUCUGAGAAACUAAAUCAUAAACCAAUGCCAAAUGAUUGAAUUGUUUACAGCUGAGCAGGGAUUGUAAAACACUGAUUUCUCAGCGUAUUAAAUGAAUUUCAUCAGCUGUGGGACGUUUGCUUGAAUAAGUGCAGCACAAAGCUGCUUCAUCUGCGUGUCAACAGAAGAACCCAGCCUUAUGAUAAAGCCUCUAGGUAUUAACUGUAUCUGCCUGCUUACAGUCAACCGGUGCUCUAUGGAGUGCAUAGUCGCUGCGAAAGUUUUCUUUGAAGACAUUUAGAAUAUAAAUGUUUGAAAAGGGAAAUAAAUAAAUGUAAAUAUGUAUUUACACAGUGUUUAUACACAGGUUGAAAUGGUGCAGAGUGCUACAAAACUGUAGGUGACCGCAGACAGGAGGCCUCUGAUUGGUUAGAUCUACAUCAGUUCUACACUAUGCGUAUUUCCUGUUUGGUACCUUACCAGCUUGUUUGUGUGACUGUCAUUGCGGAAAACGACUCGUGAAGUUGGACCAGCUAAAAGAGCGAGGUACACAAGAACGCUGGGACCCUUUUUCCACCUGGAUCCCAGCUCUUUUUCACCCUCAUGUCCCUCAAUCGUCGCACAGACUUGCCUUGUGUGUUUCCACUUCCUCACCGCCUCGG